AUGUUCUCCCGAAGGAGCCACGGAGAUGUGAAAAAGUCCACGCAGAAGGUGCUGGACCCCAAGAAGGACGUGCUGACCCGCCUGAAGCACCUGCGGGCGCUGCUGGAUAAUGUGGAUGCAAGUGAGCUCAAGCAGUUUUUUGAGACCAACUAUUCUCAGAUAUAUUUCAUCUUCUAUGAAAAUUUUAUAACACUGGAAAACAGUUUGAAGUUAAAAGGGAAUAAUAAGUCACAAAGGGAGGAGCUGGACUCCAUCCUUUUUCUUUUUGAAAAAAUACUGCAGUUUCUACCUGAACGAAUUUUCUUUCGAUGGCAUUACCAGAGUAUAGGCUCAACUUUAAAGAAGCUUUUACACACUGGAAAUUCUAUUAAGAUAAGAUGUGAAGGAAUCAGACUGUUUCUUUUGUGGCUUCAAGCACUUCAGACAAACUGUGCAGAAGAGCAGGUGCUGAUUUUUGCUUGCCUAGUGCCUGGUUUCCCAGCGGUCUUGUCAUCCAGGGGUCCUUGCACGCUGGAGACACUCAUCAACCCUAGCCCCAGUGUAGUUGAUGCAAAAAUAUACCCAGAGGAAAUCACCCCACUUCUGCCGGCCAUAUCAGGGGAGAAGAUCGCUGAGGACCAAACCUGCUUUUUUCUUCAAAUACUGUUGAAAUACAUGGUUAUUCAGGCUGCAAGCCUGGAGUGGAAGAAUAAGGAGAAUCAAGAUACUGGUUUUAAAUUUCUUUUUACGUUGUUUCGAAAGUAUUAUCUUCCUCAUUUGUUUCCAUCAUUUACUAAGUUAACCAACAUCUACAAGCCUGUACUUGAAAUUCCCCAUCUGAGACCAAAGCCAGUAUAUGUUACUGUAACUCGAGAUAAUGAAACAAUUUACAGUACAAAAAUUUCAUACAUGGCAGCUCGUGUUGUUUUCAUUAAAUGGAUUGUAACUUUCUUUUUGGAAAAAAAGUAUCUAACUGCAACACAAAACACUAAAAAUGGAGUUGAUGUAUUGCCUAAAAUCAUCCAGACUGUUGGUGGUGGUGCAAUACAAGAGAAAGUGUCAGAGCUGGAUGGUGCUGGGUCCACAGAGCAGGACAAAAGCCAUUCUAACAGCAGCACCUUGUCUGACCGAAGACUCAGCAACUCCAGUCUUUGUAGCAUUGAAGAGGAGCAUCGGACAGUGUAUGAAAUGGUGCAGAGGAUCCUUCUGUCAACACGGGGUUAUGUGAAUUUUGUGAAUGAAGUAUUUCGACAGGCAUUUUUGUUGCCCUCCUGUGAGAUAUCUGUAACGAGAAAAGUAGUUCAAGUGUACAGGAAAUGGAUCCUCCAGAACAAACCUGUGUUCAUGGAGGAACCAGAUAAAAAGGAUGUUGCUCAAGAAGAUGCUGACAAAUUAGGACUUUCAGAGACUGACUCCAAGGAGGCCUCAUCUGAAAGCUCUGGUCAUAAACGGUCAUCCAGUUGGGGACGAACGUAUUCCUUCACAAGUGCCAUGAGCAGAGGGUGUGUGACAGAUGAGGACAACACAAAUGUGAAAGCUGGGGCCCAAGCUAUGUUGCAGGUCUUCCUUACUAAUGCUGCAAAUGUCUUCUUGCUGGAACCCUGUGCUGACAUUCCCUUGCUCCUGAGAGAACAAGUCGAUGCCUGUAAAGCUGUUCUCACUGUUUUUCGGCGAAUGAUCAUGGAACUUACAAUGAAUCAGAAGACGUGGGAGCAGAUGUUGCAAAUCCUUCUCAGGAUAACAGAAGCUGUCAUGCAGAAGCCAAAGGAUAAGCAUGUAAAGGACUUGUUUGCCCAGAGCUUGGCAGGGUUGCUCUUCAGGACACUUAUUGUGGCUUGGAUCCGAGCAAACCUCUGUGUGUACAUCUCUCGGGAGCUCUGGGACGACUUUCUCAGGGUGCUGUCAUCCCUUACGGAAUGGGAGGAGCUCAUCACUGAGUGGUCCAACAUCAUGGACUCCUUGACAGCUGUGCUUGCGAGAACUGUGUAUGGAGUUGAAAUGACAAACCUACCUCUAGAUAAGUUAAGUGAACAAAAGGAGAAGAAGCAGCGUGGCAAAGGUUGUAUCCUAGAACCCCCAAAAGGGACCGCUGUUGGGAGGUCCUUUUCUCUCAGCUGGCGUAGCCAUCCAGAUGUGACUGAACCAAUGAGAUUCAGAAGUGCCACCACAUCUGGAGCACCAGGAGUAGAGAAGGCAAGAAAUACUGUCCGUCAAAAAGCAACUGAAGUGGAGGAGUUCCAACAGGCAGAGAGCACAGCUGCAGCCGACUGUGACUAUCUUGUGGUAGGACAGCAGCAGGUACCCCGGAGCAGCAGCACCUCUGACAUCACUGAGCGCUUGUACUCAGAUUCUUCUCAAGGUUACAGCCCUGUGCUGCCUCAUCCAGCCUUUUACAUGACUUUUGGGGACCAGAGCUCAGUUCCUCAUGCUUGCACAGCAGGCCCUUUACCAUUGAGCCAGCUCCCCAGCUCAGGUCAAAGGGUAGAACAUUCACAGAAUUUGAGUGCUUCAGAAUCCAAGUCUGUUCAAGAGAGUAAAGGACAUGUGACACAUGACCAUGAAGGAAUAACAAUCUUGGUUCGCAGGAGCAGCAGUCCCGCUGAGCUGUAUCUGAAGGAUGAUUUCCAGCAGACACACGGAAGAUGCAGGGAGAGACAGAAGAGUGAAAGUACUGGUAGUGACACAGCUGUGGGCUACAGCAAUGAAACAGAGCUAGCUGUGAGUCCGUGGCAGACUUGUGAGGAGGACCCGGACCUGAGCACGCCUACAGACACUGUGGUUGACUCUGAUGCCCGACAUUGGUUACAACUGAGUCCUGCUGAUGCUUCCAACUUAACAGACAGCAGAGAAUGCCUUGCAGACGACUGUAGCAUAAUCGCUGGAGGAAAUCUCACUGGAUGGCACCCAGACUCUGCUGCUGUGUUAUGGCGAAGAGUCUUGGGAAUCCUUGGAGAUGUGAAUAACAUCCAGUCACCGAAGAUCCAUGCCAAGGUUUUUGGCUAUCUCUAUGAACUGUGGUACAAACUGGCCAAGAUACGAGAUAAUCUAGCAAUAAGCCUGGAUAACCAAUCGUCUCCAUCUCCUCCUCUCUUGAUCCCACCACUCAGAAUGUUUGCAUCAUGGCUAUUUAAGGCUACAACUCUGCCAAAUGAAUAUAAAGAAGGCAAACUGCAAGCCUACAAACUCAUCUGUGCCAUGAUGACCAGACGCCAGGAUGUUCUGCCAAACUCUGAUUUCCUGGUGCAUUUUUACCUUGUGAUGCACCUGGGAUUAACCAGCGAGGACCAGGAUAUCUUAAACACCAUCAUAAAAAACUGCUCACCCCGCUUUUUCUCCCUGGGUUUGCCUGGCUUCUCAAUGCUGGUGGGGGACUUUAUCACUGCUGCUGCCAGGGUCCUCAGUACAGACAUGUUGGCGGCACCCCGUUCAGAAGCACUCACUCUCCUUGGUUCCCUUGUCUGCUUCCCAAAUACCUACCAGGAGAUCCCUCUGCUGCAGUCAGUGCCAGAAGGGAGUGAUGUCGUCACGGGAGCUGAAGACAUCAAGCAUUACCUCAUAAAUAUUUUACUGAAGAAUGCUACCGAGGAACCAAAUGAAUGUGCAAGAUGCAUCGCCAUUUGCUCCCUUGGGAUCUGGAUCUGUGAAGAGCUUGCACAGUGUGCCAGCCAUCCUCAGGUGAAGGAUGCCAUCAAUGUGAUAGGUGUAACUUUGAAGUUUCCUAACAAGAUUGUGGCUCAGGUAGCCUGUGAUGUUCUUCAGUUGUUGGUUUCCUACUGGGAAAAGCUUCAGAUGUUUGAAACUGCUCUACCGCGAAAAAUGGCAGAAAUCCUUGUGGCCACAAUUGCAUUCCUUUUACCAAGUGCAGAGUACUCUUCCGUGGAAACAGAUAAAAAGUUUAUUGUGUCCUUGCUCCUCUGUCUCUUGGACUGGUGCAUGGCGCUGCCCGUGAGUGCCCUCCUCCACCCUGUGACCACAGCAGUCCUAGAGGAGCUGCACCCAUCCCGGGCUCCCUUGCUGGAUUAUAUCUACAGGGUUCUGCACUGCUGUGUCUGUGGCUCAAGCACAUACACACAGCAAAGCCACUAUACUCUGACCUUGGCCGACCUGUCUUCCACGGACUAUGACCCCUUCCUACCUCUGGCAAAUGUGAGGAACUCCGAGCCAGUCCAGUACCAUUCAUCAGCAGACCUGGGGAACCUGCUGACUGUGGAAGAGGAGAAGAAGAGAAGAAGUGUGGGACUGAUCCCCCUCACUGCACGAAUGGUCAUGGCCCACCUAGUGAACCACCUAGGCCACUACCCUCUGAGUGGGGGCCCCGCCGUGCUGCACAGCCUGGUCAGUGAGAACCACGACAAUGCCCAUGUGGAAGGAACUGAGCUGUCCUCGGAGGUGUUCAGGAGCCCAAACCUGCAGCUCUUUGUAUUUAAUGAUAGCACCCUCAUCUCUUACCUGCAGACUCCAGCAGAAGGACCAGCUGGGGGGACUUCAGGGGGUUCCCUCUCAGAUGUGAGAGUCAUUGUGAGGGACAUCUCAGGGAAAUACUCUUGGGAUGGCAAGGUUUUAUAUGGACCUCUGGAAGGCCGCUUGGCACCCAAUGGAAGGAAUCCCUCAUUUCAGAUUUCUGGCUGGCAUCAUCACACGUGUGGACCUCAGAAAGAUUUGUUUCACAAUGAUGAGGGAGAUGAUGUGCUUGACAAAUUACUUGAAAACAUUGGCCAUACAAGCCCCGAAUGCCUUUUGCCAUCACAACUAAAUCUAAAUGAGCCUUCCCCAACCCCAUGUGCAAUGAACUGUGACCAAGAGAAGGAAAUCAUCGAGGUCAUCCUUCGCCAGAGCACACAGGAAGCUGAGUAUGUGCAGAGGUGUAACUCGGAUUCUUCAGUGACGGUCACCAGCCAAGGGCAGCCCUCACCAGUGGAGCCCCGGGGACCCUUUUACUUCUGCAGGUUGUUGCUUGAUGACUUGGGAAUGAAUUCCUGGGACAGAAGGAAGAAUUUUCAUUUGUUGAAGAAAAAUUCAAAAUUAUUGAGAGAGCUAAAAAAUCUGGACUCGCGUCAGUGCCGAGAGACCCAUAAGAUUGCAGUGUUUUACAUUGCUGAAGGGCAAGAAGACAAGUGUUCCAUUCUAGCCAAUGAAAGAGGAAGCCAAGCAUAUGAAGACUUCGUUGCUGGUCUUGGAUGGGAGGUGGAUCUCUCAACCCACUGUGGGUUUAUGGGUGGUCUUCAGCGCAAUGGCAGCACAGGACAGACAGCCCCUUACUAUGCUACCUCGACCGUGGAAGUAAUUUUCCACGUUUCCACUCGGAUGCCAUCAGAUUCAGACGAUUCGCUCACCAAAAAGCUCCGUCACCUGGGGAAUGACGAGGUCCACAUCGUCUGGUCUGAACACUCCAGGGACUACCGCAGGGGAAUUAUCCCAACAGCCUUUGGAGACGUCUCCAUCAUUAUUUACCCAAUGAAGAAUCAUAUGUUCUUUAUCACGAUAACGAAGAAGCCUGAGGUUCCGUUCUUUGGGCCUCUGUUCGAUGGAGCGAUCGUGAGUGGGAAGCUGCUGCCAAGCCUCAUCUGUGCCACGUGCAUCAAUGCCAGCAGAGCGGUGAAGUGCCUCAUCCCGCUCUAUCAGAGCUUCUACGAAGAGCGAGCUCUGUAUCUGGAAGCAAUAAUUCAAAACCACCGGGAAGUCAUGACAUUUGAGGAUUUUGCAGCUCAAGUCUUUUCUCCUUCUCCCAGCUACUCUCUCAGUGGAACGGAUUAAAGUACAGAAUGGUCUCAUUACGAUAUCUGAGCAAGGGGUCUUGACCUUCAGCCUGAGUAUGGACCCCAAGAAAAUCCUCCAUAUGGAAGAGACAGGCAAGACUCCCCUGAUUUCCCCAGAAUCCUCAAAAUCCAGACUUCAGGAAACUGCCACUGUGCCAGCAUGUGCAGCAAGCCUUCCUAUGGCUGGGCCCCCAGGGUCAGAGGUGGUUUAAGUUUGUGUGGAACCUUCAAACAAAGCUGUGUCCCUCUUGUCCUGGAAUCUCACCAAACCUUAGGCAUCAGAAGAAGAAAAGAAAAAGUCGUCCUCAACCAGGAGCAAACCUGCUGUCAUAUGGCAAUGGAGAAGAAUACAGUCCUUAGGCAGAACACAGUAGCCAAAGGUUCGGGGCCACAGGAAGGGACAAAGGGCACUUGUCUGUGUCGCUGAUUUUUUUUCUUUUCAUUUAUACACCCAAGCUUGAUUCCCAAAAGGGCUGACAAAACAACUGUGUGACUGUUGGAGGAAUUUCCUCCAUACUGAUUUUGCUAAUCCUUAUCUUAGGAUUUAUAGUUUACUCAAGAUUUCAUCAUCAUGGAAACUGGCUGUCCCCAGAGUCUUUUCCCACAGGAAGUUUUACCUCCGUCAUUGAACCGUUUCUACCUGGAGCCUGAGGCCCGCUGACUUAAGAUUCUCCUGACAACACAAAGUUCUGUCAGGUGAUGUUCCCACACAGAGCGAGCAGGGUGUCUAACAAUAUGGGAAUAUCCAGGAGAGCACUAAGCAUAUGGGUAGUAGCCUUGCUCACCCCAGCCCAGCCCAGCCUAGCACCACACACAUCAACACACAAGAUUAGUACCUGUUCCAACCCCAGGGCUGACCAACACCUUCAUUGUGUCCAGUCCCUCCGAAAGUUCAUCUGCAGUCUUCCUCCUGCCUGCUGUUCAGAGUUCAAGACAGGCCUCAGAAACAGUAUUUGUCACUUGAGUUUUAGGGUAACAGAUUAACAGAUUCCAGCCAAUAGAUUUGAUCCUUUUAUACACACACACACACACACACACACACACACACACACACCAAAAUUUAUAUAUUGGCUCCAUGGAAGGUGUGUUGUGCCUAUUAGGGAUGGAAGGGAAGGAAGGAGUUAAAUGUAUCCCUUACUGGACUUGGACAUCUUGAACCUUAGAAUCCAGCAACUAAGAGUUCACAGGGAAGACUUCUGCAUGGUCACACACUCACACACACACACAUACACACAACCCACUCCCAUGCCUCCGUCCUGGCCCUGCUGCUGUCUCAGGGCUCCAGUGUUGCUUCAUUCCCUGCUCUGCCUCAGAGCAAAACAGCAAACGCAGCAGAGGCCAUCCCUUGCUGCACAGUUCUGCUUCAUGAGUUCAUUUCCCAGUGCACAUAUCUAGAUGACCCUUCACUGAGAGCAGGAAAGCAGCUGUAGAGAACAGACUGGAGGGACUCAGGCAUGGGAAAGAAUGUCCUGGAUGUGGCCACCUCUUUACUUUCCUCUGCCCUCUGCUCUCACACACGUUAGUACUCCUAGCCUGCUUGGUCACUCCUCUGAGCCUGCUUAUCGACCUCAUCAGUGUCCACUCCCCAGAGAAGCCAGCUUUUUCUAUCUACUACAGAACUGAUUUGGCCGCUACUGACCUUGGUAGAGAAAGGAGCGGAGCCAGAAGCCAUACUCAGUCUUGUAGUGAGUGGGAAUUCAUAGAGUGAGACAUUCUAGGAGCACCUUCCCACUGUAGGGAGAACCCAUCCUCCUGCUGUGAAGGGAGUUUAACAGCCUCUCAUCCCAGGCCACAGACAGAGGUACCUGGAGAGCUGCUUGAACAUCAUAGAGAGCAGGGCAUUGCAAAGCAGAAAAGAGGCCCUGUGUGCUGUUUUCUAACGGUCCGGGGUGUUCACUUACUGGGAGAUUAAUGGUGAUAGACGGGAAAUAGGCUGUCAUGACAUUUCCCAUUGUGUCAGUGAAACCUUGAUUCUGAUCCCACUCACUGUGUGUGUCUCUGUGUGUCUGUGUGUUUCUACGUGUCUGUGUGUGUAGCCAGUAUUAUUUAGACUUCUGUUAUUGAUCUGCUACUUUGGUGUUUACAAAGAACCCAGACCCGGCUCCUGCAGAAAGCACCUCCCAAGUCCUGGGCCAAAGGCCCCCCAGCACGCUGUCAUUAAGUAGCUGUGUUCUGCAGGAGCACUUGUCUUCAGGCCCAUAAACCUGUUGCGGAAUUCUUGCCAUUUUGGAAGUCUUUCAUUUUCAUCUUUUGCCAUCGCAACAGAACCCAGGGCCACAACCCAGGUCCCAGAGGUCCUGUUUAAGUCCCACAGCUGUCUGUUCAUAAUUUCAUUUGCUUCCACAAGCCCUCAGACGUGGAGUGAGAAAUUCAAUUGGAAGUAGCAAAUCAUUUGAACUUCUUGUAACCUAAUGAUUUUACCCACCCCACACCCAGGUUGACAGCAACAGUUUAUGUCUGUUUAUGUUUUACUUAUUUAUGUAGUCCAUGGUCUUGGAUUGGUAAUAGCUCUGGUUUAGAGACCUAAGAACUGAAGAGCAGGGACUCUGGCAGCCAUGUCUGAUUGCAUUCAGCAGCUCUUGUUAUUUGGGGUAGAAAAUUAAAAUGAUCAAGUUUGGUGUUUUCUUUUGUCAGUUAGAAAAGCAAAUAUUGUGUUUUCAUAAUAAAUGUCUUUUAGCAAAAUUGCUACGGGUCACUCAUCUGGUGAGACCCUCCUGAGAGCCACUCAUCAUAUUAGUAUUAGUGGGUCAGCCAUCUGUGAUAAAAGUGUCCCUAAUUACCACAAAGUGUGGUAAGAUGCUCUGGGCUCCUGCAGGGCCUGGCCAGUGGCUGCCCUUCUCCACAUGCUGACUUCCGGAUGUCCAGAAAGAGGGAAACUGGUGUUUAUGGUCUUGUUGAUUAGACUUUCAUGCUGUAAAACUAUAGUAACCCCGCAAAAUUAGGACUUUUAAAAAAUAGCCAGACCUUCAGCAGACUGAAGGAAAGCGAUAUAGCCUACUGAGUGACUUUUCCAGUGUCUUCAGCAGCCAAGCUGGCAGAUCUUGAGAGCCCCAGGGAUGGACUCUGCCUCUGCCGUGUGGCUGUUUAGUAGGACCCUUAGCCUUAUAAAGGAGAUCACACAGCUCCAGAGAGCCAUGCAAACCCUGUCUUCCUGACUGUCCUCAGGUGUCCCUUCCUCUUCUCCACCGACUCGUGGUGAACCCUCUAAACUUUCCUGUGUGUCUAUAUGAAGCUGUAUCACUCCAUACAUACUGAAGGGGGUGUCACAUCUAAGGGAACUCAUCCAGAGAACACCCAUCCUUGUAUUUGCACCCAGUUUCUAUGUAUAUGACGUGCACAGUAAGCAAGCAUUUCCUUAGUUUCAGGUCUAUGAUAUUUAGUGUGUGUAAAUAGGGAGAGAUUUGAUAGAGAUGAUAAGUUAUAGCAUGUUGUUUGAUUGUUUCGAGGUUUCUUGUUAUUUAACUUCCCAAUUGCACAUCUAGGUUGUUCUGAGGGGUGUGUGGCUGGGGGAACCUCCAAACCUGCUUCACCUUGUCAGGAGUGUACACGUGCACUAGGGACACUCCACAAAGGCAGCCAUCCUGGGAAAACACUUAGUUCAUGAUGGUGCCUCCCACUACAGCUCGUUCUUUUUCGUCCUGAUUUACUGUGAUGAUUUGAUGAAUGAGGAACACAGCACAUAGGUGCUGCGUGUUUCUGACAUUCUCAUAGUUUUUAGGAAAUAAAAGUUUAUCCCACCAUCUAA